AGAAAGUAACAAAUUAAAGAUGGGGCGAAAAAUUCUAAAAAAGAAACACCGAGGAGUCAAAGAUCCAUACAAGCAGCAAGCAGAGCGUCUUAAUAAGAUAAAGAACAAGCUAAACUGUCCGCCUUCCUGUGUUGAUGCUCAAGAGAUACCAAGAAAGUUGCAAAAUUUAGCCAAGUUUAAGGAUUUGGAAAGAAAUGAAGAACAGAAUAUGGUAAAAAGAAAGAAGAAGAAAAAGAGCAAACUUAUUGAUGGAACCAAGUUUGUGGACCGAGAGAGAGAUCAGCCAGGUAUGACCAAGCCCCUAAAGAUGAUUCCUCUACUCAAACAACACCCAAAGGAAAAUGUAGAGAAAUUCAUGAAGAGGGUUGACACAGUGACUAAG